CAUCGAAAUAAAGCGUUUUAAUGACGACCCAAAUCUUCGAAGAAAGUUCGUCGCAACUUACCGAUAGAUUAUAACGCAGAAGUAUUUUAAACAUGGCGUUGUCUAACGAUGACGUUAUGAUAAAGAUUGGCGAUUUUAGCAUUCGACCAGCCACUACGAAUGGAGAAAAACGUUUUUACACCGCAUCCUUUCAUCUUAACUAAGCCUGAGUGGAUUCCUGAUUCAAAAGCCAGUAGCUGUGUUUUAUGUAAAGAAAGGUUUACACAAGUUCGCAGACGCCACCAUUGUCGGGUUUGUGGAAAUGUGCUGUGUGGGAAAUGUUGUUUUGAAAAAGUAUACCUGCCACAAUAUGGUGAUGAUGAACAAUCAAGAGUUUGCAAUGCAUGUCUUCCAGUCAGCAUUAUGAUCACCAAAGCAAGAUCAUUGCAAAUGGCAUCACGUUUGGAGUCAGCAAAAUCCUUGGCAGAUGCAUGUGCGGAGGAAAAAAUGUUAAAAAAAGUUGUUGAGACAGGUGGAGUUCAAGCCAUCAUACAUUUAGCACAGACCAACAUCGCUGAUAUCAAGGAAACUGUUGCUGAAGCUUUAAAUAAUUUAGCCUUGUGCAUACCGUUACAUUCAAUGGUUGUCGAUUGUGGUGGAGUCAAAGCCAUUUGCAGUAUUUUAUCUUCAACUGGUGACAGUCAUUCUCAAGCAACAAUAAAAGCUCUCAGCACUCUUAAACUGCUUGCAAAAUCAGAAAAAUUGAAAGUUUUGAUUGUGGCAGAAGGAGCUCUAGUACCAUUAAUGGCCCUGUCUAUGUCCACAAAUAAUACCACUGUUGUUCUUUCUCUAACUACCCUUGGGAUUAUAUUGGAAAAUCCUAUCAAUGUUGCUACUUUUGCACAGAACUUCAAGAAUGGUCUUCAAACAAUGCUACGUAUAGCCAAAUCAAACGAUGAAAAGGUACAAGAGGUUUCGCUGCGCAUAUUGGCACUUCUUGCUCGUACCACUGACGAAUUGCGAAAAAAAUUCUUGAAGAAGAUAAUUACUGUGGAAAUUGCAUCAAAAACUCUUUGAAACGCUGUCCAAAAAAUCUCGAGGUCUAUUCAAAUGGAGUCUGUGCGAUUGCCAACCUUGCAGUUUGUCCAGAUGUUCAGUCGGCGUUAUUGGACUUUAUUGACAUCAUUUGCAACCUUAUUGUCUCCCAUUCCGAGAACUCUAACAUUCAGUUACAGGUCUCAAGAGCUGUGGCAAAUUUUUCUAAACACAAAGAGAACUCAAGGUUUUUGGUUUCAUACUUGCCGCUGAUCAUCUCGUCCCAUGUCAAUAGCACGGAAUGUGCAAUCCGAACAAAUGGCCUUCGUACUAUAUUUUACCUCGUCGAAUAUCAACCAGACGCAACAAUAUCAGCUUUGAUUAAAAACGACGGUAUAAACGGACUGAUGCGUGGUUUGCUGCUGUUCCCCGAGUCGAUUUCUCGUGUCAGAGAGACGUUGCUUCAAAACUUUCCCGAGAUCGGUUUUCCAUUCUGAUAAACCCAAGAGUGGUGAUGAAUGAUUGUACGCGUUCAAAAAGUAAUCAUCGAUGGAAUGUACCAAAGACAUUGCAUAUUAUGUAGCAUUAAAUUUGAACCAGUCUUCACGAACCUUCUACUUCAAAAUUGAAUUUCCUGUCACGACGUAAUUUAAUUAUUUUUAUUUUUAUUCAUGUUUUCACACCGCACUGCAUAAAACAUUCUUAAUUAUUUUUAAUUGUAAAUAUAAUGUAAAGUAAUUUUAUUAUUAAUUAUUAUAACAUGAUUUCAGCCAGCAA